AUGGCGGAGGAGGUGAUUCUGAUCAUGGAGGAUGAGAAUAAUAACAAUAAUAAUAAUAGUAAUCAUAAUAAUAUUAGCGUGUCGGUGGUGAUUGUAGGAGCUGGUCCUUCUGGCAUUGCUACCUCCGCCUUGCUCAAUUCUGUGUCAGUUUCAAAUCUUGUGCUUGAGAAGGAGGACUGUUGUGGGUCCCUCUGGAAGAACCGGUCCUACGACCGUCUGAAUCUUCACUUGGCAAAGAGCUUCUGCAGUUUGCCGAUGAUGUCCCAUCCCUUCCGAACCUCCAUUUUCAUGUCGAAAGACGACUUCAUUCGUUACCUGGACGAGUACGUGGCCAGGUUCAACGUGAACCCUCGCUACUGCAGUGACGUGGAGGAGGCUGUUUACGAUGAAGAGGAAGGCAAAUGGAGGGUGACAGUGAAAGACACCGCUUCCGGGACGGUGUAUGAGAUCGCAUCGGAUUUCUUGGUGGUUGCAACUGGAGAAAAUAGCCAGCCUUUUCUCCCCAGCGACCUGCCUGGGAUGGAGACCUUCCCAGGAAAGGUGGUUCAUUCCAGUGACUAUAAAAACGGGGCCGUUUUUAAAGAUGAAAAGGUUUUGGUAAUUGGCUGUGGCAAUUCUGGGAUGGAAAUCAGCAACGAUCUUGCAGACAAUGGAGCACAUACGUCCAUUGUUGUUAGAAGCCAAAUUCAUGUGCUGAGCAAAGAAAUGGUUGGCAUUGGCAUGCUUCUGUCGAAUUACCUCCCACUGAAAAUAGUGGACAAGUUUGUGUCACUGCUUGCCAAGUUGAGCUACAGUGAUUUGUCCAGCUAUGGCAUUCAUCGCCCAGUUGAAGGGCCAUUUCUCUUUAAAGCACUUACUGGAAAGACUCCAGUAAUUGAUCGUGGAACCAUCGAGAAAAUUCGCUCCAAAAAGAUUCAGGUUUUUCCAGAUGUAGCGAGUAUAAACCAGAAGACUGUGGAAUUCAAAGAUGGUAAACGACGGUGUUUUGAUGCUAUUGUGUUAGCAACUGGUUACAAAAGCGUAGCACAUAAAUGGUUGAAGGACUACAAGUUCCUUCUUACAGAUGAUGGAAAGCCUAAAGGGAAGUACCCAAACCACUGGAAGGGCGAGAAAGGUGUUUAUUGUGUUGGAUUAACAGGGAAGGGACUGCCAGGGAUUUUCAAAGAUUCAAAGGCUGUAACUGAAGACAUCUAUCAACUUACACUAAUGGCACAGAAGUAG